AUGGCGUCACUCGUACUCGGAGCUCUCCCUAUCCCCUCCCAAUCCCUCGCUCUCAACUCCCGCAUUUCGUUCUCUCAAUCCGAAACCCUAGCCAUUUCCCUCCCCUCUCCCACUGCUUCCCUCUCAAUCUCCACCGCCACCACUCCCUCAGUCCCUUCAGUGUACUGUGGAAGAGGCGAUAAGAAAACCGAAAGAGGAAAGCGUUUCAAUCACUCUUUCGGAAAUGCAAGGCCAAGGAACAAGAAAAAAGGAAGAGGGUCACCUAGGGUUCCGGUACCGGCGGCUCCGCCUAAGAAAGAUAAGUUUGAGGACGAUUCGGUUGUCAAGGUUGAAAUUGAUGAGUCCUUGUCUUAGCUAAUGGCUGAUGCCAAAUCUGUUUCACUUAUAAUUGUAAUUGUAUGCGCCUUGAAUUUGCUUUUGUUUGAUGAAUACUUUUCUUGGUCUUCUUUACUAUUAAUGAAUUGAGCUUUGAAAUUCGGUUCCAUUUGGUUAGUUUUCUUUGCUUUGAAGUUUAAGGAGAAAUAUGCUAAGGUAUGCUUUAUCAUUUAGCAAUUUAUUUAUUUGUCUGG